AUGAAAAGCCGCAACAAUGUCCACGGCAGUGGCACAAACAACCACGACUGCAGUGCCAACAACCACAACCACAGCGCCAACAUCCACGACUGCAGCUCCAACAACCACAACAGCCGCACCAACAACAACAACGGCAGCUCCAACCACCACCACAGCCGCGUCAACAACCACCACAGCAGUUCUAACAACCACGACUGCACCUCCAACAACCACCACAGCCGCAGCAACUACAACGACAGACGAACCAACAACGACUGCAGCUCCAACAACCAUGAUCGCAGCAACAACAACCACGACAGCCGCACCGACAACCACUACAGCAGCUUCAACAACCACAACAGCCGCACCAACAACAACGACUGCAGCUGCAACAACCAUGACUGCACCUCCAACAACCACGACAACGGCACCAACAACCACGACAGCCACACCAACAACCACGACAGCCGCACCAACAACCACGACAGCGGCACCAACAACCACGACAGCCGCAACAACAACCAUGACUGCAGCUACAACAACCACGACAGCGGCACCAACAACCACGACUGCAGCUACAACAACCACGACAGCCCUACAACAACCACGGCAGCCGCACCAACAACCACGACAGCCGCACCAACAACCACGACUGCAGCUACAAUAACCACGACAGCGGCACCAACAACCACGACUGCAGCUACAACAACCACGACAGCCGCACCAACAACAACGACUGCAGCUGCAACAACCACAACUGCACCUCCAACAACCACGACAGCCGCACCAACAACCACGACUGCAGCUACAACAACCACGACAGCCGCACCAACAACCACGACAGCCGCACCAACAACCACGACUGCAGCUACAACAACCACGACAUCCGCAGCAACAACCACGACAGCCGCACCAACAACGACGACUGCAGCUACAACAACCACGACAGCCGCACCAACAACCACGACAGCUGCAACAACCACGACUGCACCUCCAACAACCACGACAGCGGCACCGACAACCACGACGGCCGCAACAACAACCACGACUGCAGCUACAACAACCACGGCAGCCGCACCAACAACCACGACAGCCGCACCAACAACCACGACUGAAGCUUCAACAACCACGACUGCACCUCUAACAACCACGACAGCUCCAACAACAACCACGACAGCCGCACCAACAACCACGACAGCCGCACCAACAACCACGACUGCAGCUACAACAACCAUGACAGCCGCACCAACAACCACGACAGCCGCACCAACAACCACGACAGCCGCACCAACAACCACGACUGCAGCUACAAUAACCACGACAGCGGCACCAACAACCACGACUGCAGCUACAACAACCACGACAGCCGCACCAACAACCACGACUGCAGCUACAACAACCACGACAUCCGCACCAACAACCACGACAGCCGCACCAACAACCACGACUGCAGCUGCAACAACCACAACUACACCUCCAACAACCACGACAGCGGCACCGACAACCACGACAGCCGCACCAACAACCACGACAGCCGCACUAACAACCACGACUGCAGUUUCAACAACCACAACUGCACCUCUAACAACCACGACAACGGCACCAACAACCACGACAGCUGUACCGACAACCACGACAGCCGCACCAACAACCACGACAGCCGCACCAACAACCACGACUUCAGCUACAACAACCACGACAGCCGCACCGACAACAACGACUGCAGUUGCAACAACCACAACUGCACCUCCAACAACCACAACAGCCGCACCAACAACCACGACAGCCGCACCAACAACCACGACUGCAACUACAACAACCACGACAGCCGCACCAACAACCACGACAGCCGCACCAACAACCACGACUGCAGCUUCAACAACCACGACUGCACCUCCAACAACCACGACUGCAACUUCAACAACCACGACUGCACCUCCAACAACCACGACUGCAGCUCCAACAACAACUACAACAGCUCCAAUAACAACCACGACAAUGCCGCACCAACAACCACGACAGCGCUACAACAACCACAACAGCGGCACCAACAACCACGACAGCCGCAACAACAACCACGACUGCAGCUACAAUAACCACGACAGCGGCACCUACAAUCACGACUGCAGCUACAACAACCACGGCAGCCGCACUAACAACCACGACUGCAGUUUCAACAACCACAACUGCACCUCUAACAACCACGACAACGGCACCAACAACCACGACAGCUGUACCGACAACCACGACAGCCGCACCAACAACCACGACUGCAGCUACAAUAACCACGACAGCGGCACCAACAACCACGACUGCAGCUACAACAACCACGACAGCCGCACCAACAACAACGACUGCAGCUGCAACAACCACAACUGCACCUCCAACAACCACGACAGCCGCACCAACAACCACGACAGCCCAACAACCACGACAGCCGCACCAACAACCACGACAGCCGCACCAACAACCACGACUGCAGCUACAAUAACCACGACAGCGGCACCAACAACCACGACUGCAGCUACAACAACCACGACAGCCGCACCAACAACCACGACUGCAGCUACAACAACCACGACCACGACAGCGGCACCAACAACCACGACUGCAGCUACAACAACCACGACAGCCGCACCAACAACCACGACUGCAGCUACAACAACCACGACAUCCGCACCAACAACCACGACAGCCGCACCAACAACCACGACUGCAGCUGCAACAACCACAACUACACCUCCAACAACCACGACAGCGGCACCGACAACCACGACAGCCGCACCAACAACCACGACAGCCGCACUAACAACCACGACUGCAGUUUCAACAACCACAACUGCACCUCUAACAACCACGACAACGGCACCAACAACCACGACAGCUGUACCGACAACCACGACAGCCGCACCAACAACCACGACAGCCGCACCAACAACCACGACUUCAGCUACAACAACCACGACAGCCGCACCGACAACAACGACUGCAGUAGCAACAACCACAACUGCACCUCCAACAACCACGACAGCCGCACCAACAACCACGACAGCCGCACCAACAACCACGACUGCAUCUUCAACAACCACGACUGCACCUCCAACAACCACGACUUCAACUUCAACAACCACGACUGCACCUCCAACAACCACGACUGCAGCUCCAACAACAACUACAACAGCUCCAAUAACAACCACGACAAUGGCACCAACAACCACAACAGCCGCACCAACUACCACGACUGCACCUUCAACAACCACGACAGCCGCUCCAACAACCACGACAGCCGCACCAACAACCACGACAGCGGCACCGAGAACCACGACAGCCGCACCAACAACCACGACAGCGGCAACAACAACAACGACUGCAGCUACAACAACCACAACAGCGGCACCAACAACCACGACUGCAGCUACAACAACCACGACAGCCGCACCAACAACAACGACUGCAGCUGCAACAACCACAACUGCACCUCCAACAACCACGACAGCCGCACCAACAACCACGACAGCCGCACCAACAACCACAACUGCAGCUACAACAACCACGACAGCCGCACCAACAACCACGACAGCCGCACCAACAACCACGACUGCAGCUACAACAACCACGACAUCCGCAGCAACAACCACGACAGCCGCACCAACAACGACGACUGCAGCUACAACAACCACGACAGCCGCACCAACAACCACGACAGCUGCAACAACCACGACUGCACCUCCAACAACCACGACAGCGGCACCGACAACCACUACGGCCGCAACAACAACCACGACUGCAGCUACAACAACCACGGCAGCCGCACCAACAACCACGACAGCCGCACCAACAACCACGACUGAAGCUUCAACAACCACGACUGCACCUCUAACAACCACGACAGCUCCAACAACAACCACGACAGCCGCACCAACAACCACGACAGCCGCACCAACAACCACGACUGCAGCUACAACAACCACGACAUCCGCAGCAACAACCACGACAGCCGCACCAACAACCACGACAGCCGCACCAACAACCACGACUGCAGCUACAAUAACCACGACAGCGGCACCAACAACCACGACUGCAGCUACAACAACCACGACAGCCGCACCAACAACCACGACUGCAGCUACAACAACCACGACAUCCGCACCAACAACCACGACAGCCGCACCAACAACCACGACUGCAGCUGCAACAACCACAACUACACCUCCAACAACCACGACAGCGGCACCGACAACCACGACAGCCGCACCAACAACCACGACAGCCGCACUAACAACCACGACUGCAGUUUCAACAACCACAACUGCACCUCUAACAACCACGACAACGGCACCAACAACCACGACAGCUGUACCGACAACCACGACAGCCGCACCAACAACCACGACAGCCGCACCAACAACCACGACUUCAGCUACAACAACCACGACAGCCGCACCGACAACAACGACUGCAGUAGCAACAACCACAACUGCACCUCCAACAACCACGACAGCCGCACCAACAACCACGACAGCCGCACCAACAACCACCGCACCAACUACCACGACUGCACCUUCAACAACCACGACAGCCGCUCCAACAACCACGACAGCCGCACCAACAACCACGACAGCGGCACCGAGAACCACGACAGCCGCACCAACAACCACGACAGCGGCAACAACAACAACGACUGCAGCUACAACAACCACAACAGCGGCACCAACAACCACGACUGCAGCUACAACAACCACGACAGCCGCACCAACAACAACGACUGCAGCUGCAACAACCACAACUGCACCUCCAACAACCACGACAGCCGCACCAACAACCACGACAGCCGCACCAACAACCACAACUGCAGCUACAACAACCACGACAGCCGCACCAACAACCACGACAGCCGCACCAACAACCACGACUGCAGCUACAACAACCACGACAUCCGCAGCAACAACCACGACAGCCGCACCAACAACGACGACUGCAGCUACAACAACCACGACAGCCGCACCAACAACCACGACAGCUGCAACAACCACGACUGCACCUCCAACAACCACGACAGCGGCACCGACAACCACUACGGCCGCAACAACAACCACGACUGCAGCUACAACAACCACGGCAGCCGCACCAACAACCACGACAGCCGCACCAACAACCACGACUGAAGCUUCAACAACCACGACUGCACCUCUAACAACCACGACAGCUCCAACAACAACCACGACAGCCGCACCAACAACCACGACAGCCGCACCAACAACCACGACUGCAGCUACAACAACCACGACAGCCGCACCAACAACCACGACAGCCGCACCAACAACCACGACAGCCGCACCAACAACCACGACUGCAGCUACAAUAACCACGACAGCGGCACCAACAACCACGACUGCAGCUACAACAACCACGACAGCCGCACCAACAACCACGACUGCAGCUACAACAACCACGACAUCCGCACCAACAACCACGACAGCCGCACCAACAACCACGACUGCAGCUGCAACAACCACAACUACACCUCCAACAACCACGACAGCGGCACCGACAACCACGACAGCCGCACCAACAACCACGACAGCCGCACUAACAACCACGACUGCAGUUUCAACAACCACAACUGCACCUCUAACAACCACGACAGCUCCAACAACAACCACAACAGCUCCAAUAACAACCACAACAAUGGCAACAACAACCACAACAGCCGCACCAACAACCACGACUGCAGCUACAACAACCACGACAGCCGCACCAACAACCACGACUUCAGCUGCAACAACCACAACUGCACCUCCAACAACCACGACAGCGGCACCAACAACCACGACUGCAGCUACAACAACCACGACAGCAGCACCAACAACCACGACUGCAGCUACAACAACCACGACAUCCGCACCAACAACCACGACAGCCGCACCAACAACCACGACUGCAGCUGCAACAACCACAACUGCACCUCCAACAACCACGACAGCGGCACCGACAACCACGACAACGACAGCCGCACCAACAACCAUGACUGCAGCUACAACAACCACGACAGCCGCACCAACAACCACGACUGCAGCUACAACAACCACGACAGCUGCACCAAUAACCACGACAGCCGCACCAACAACCACGACAGCGGCAACAACAACCACGACUGCAGCUUCAACAACCACGACUGCACCUCCAACAACCACGACAGCUCCAACAACAACCACAACAGCUCCAGUAACAACCACGACAAUGGCACCAACAACCACAACAGCGGCACCACCUACCACGACUGCACCUUCAACAACCAUGACAGCCGCACCAACAACCACGACAGCGGCACCGACAACCACGACAGCCGCACCAACAACCACGACUGCAGCUACAAUAACCACGACAGCCGCACCAACAACCACAACUGCAGCUACAACAACCACGACAGCCGCACCAACAACCACGACAGCCACACCAACAACCACGACUGCAGCUACAACAACCACGACAGCCGCACCAACAACCUACAACAACCACAACAGCGGCACCAACAACCACGACAGCCGCACCAACAACCACGACUGCAGCUUCAAUAACCACGACAGCGGUACCUACAAUCACGACUGCAGCUACAACAACCACGGCAGCCGCACCAACAACCACGACAGCCGCACCAACAACCACGACUGCAGCUACAAUAACCACGACAGCGCUGCAACAACCACAACUGCACCUCCAACAACCACGACAGCCGCACCAACAACCACGACAGCCGCACCAACAACCACGACUGCAGCUACAACAACCACGACAGCCGCACCAACAACCACGACAGCCGCACCAACAACCACGACUGCAGCUACAACAACCACGACAUCCGCAGCAACAACCACGACAGCCGCACCCACAACGACGACUGCAGCUACAACAACCACGACAGCCGCACCAACAACUACGACAUCUGCAACAACCACGACUGCACCUCCAACAACCACGACAGCGGCACCGACAACCACUACGGCCGCAACAACAACCACGACUGCAGCUACAACAACCACGACUGAAGCUUCAACAACCACGACUGCACCUCUAACAACCACGACAGCUCCAACAACAACCACAACAGCCGCACCAACAACCACGACAGCCGCACCAACAACCACGACUGCAGCUACAACAACCACGACAGCCGCACCAACAACCACGACAGCGGCACCAACAACCACGACAGCCGCACCAACAACCACGACUGCAGCUACAAUAACCACGACAGCGGCACCAACAAGCACGACUGCAGCUACAACAACCACGACAGCCGCACCAACAACCACGACUGCAGCUACAACAACCACGACAUCCGCACCAACAACCACGACAGCCGCACCAACAACCACGACUGCAGCUGCAACAACCACAACUACACCUCCAACAACCACGACAGCCGCACCAACAACCACGACAGCCGCACUAACAACCACGACUGCAGUUUCAACAACCACAACUGCACCUCUAACAACCACGACAGCUCCAACAACAACCACAACAGCUCCAAUAACAACCACAACAAUGGCAACAACAACCACAACAGCCGCACCAACAACCACGACUGCAGCUACAACAACCACGACAGCCGCACCAACAACCACAACUUCAGCUGCAACAACCACAACUGCACCUCCAACAACCCGGCAACAACAACCACGACUGCAGCUUCAACAACCACGACUGCACCUCCAACAACCACGACAGCUCCAACAACAACCACAACAGCUCCACUACAACAACCACGACAGCCGCACCAACAACCACGACUGCAGCUACAACAACCACGACAGCUGCACCAAUAACCACGACAGCCGCACCAACAACCACGACAGCGACAACAACAACCACGACUGCAGCUUCAACAACCACGACUGCACCUCCAACAACCACGACAGCUCCAACAACAACCACAACAGCUCCAGUAACAACCACGACAAUGGCACCAACAACCACAACAGCCGCACCACCUACCACGACUGCACCUUCAACAACCAUGACAGCCGCACCAACAACCACGACAGCCGCACCAACAACCACGACAGCCGCACUAACAACCACGACUCUACAACAACCACGACAGCCGCACCAACAACCAUGACUGCAGCUACAACAACCACGACAGCUGCACCAAUAACCACGACAGCCGCCUGCAACAACCACAACUGCACCUCCAACAACCACGACAGCUCCAACAACAACCACAACAGCUCCAAUAACAACGACGACAAUGGCACCAACAACCACAACAACCGCACCACCUACCACGACUGCACCUUCAACAACCACGACAGCCGCACCAACAACCACGACAGCCGCACCAACAACCACGACAGCGGCACCGACAACCACUACAGCCGCACCAACAACCACGACAGCCGCAACAACAACCACGACUGCAGCUACAACAACCACGACUGCAGCUACAACAACCACGACAGCCGCACCGACAACCACGACAGCCGCACCAACAGCAACGACUGCAGCUGCAACAACCACAACUGCACCUCCAACAACCACGACAGCGGCACCGACAACCACGACUGCAGCUACAACAACCACGGCAGCCGCACCAACGACCACGACAGCCACACCAACAACCACGACUGCAGCUUCAACAACCACGACUGCAGCUUCAACAACCACGACUGCACCUCCAACAACCACGACAGCUCCAACAACAACCACAACAGCUCCAAAAACAACCACGACAAUGGCACCAACAACCACAAAAGCCGCACCAACUACCACGACUGCACCAACAACAACCACGACACGGCACCGACAACCACGACAGCUGCACCAACAACCACGACUACAGCUACAAUAACCACGACAGCGGCACCAACAACCACGACUGCAGCUACAACAACCACGACAGCCGCACCAACAACUACGACAGCCGCACCAACAACCACGACAGCCGCACCGACAACCACAACAGCGGCACCAACAACCACGACAGCGGCAUCAACAACCACGACUGCAACUACAACAACCACGACAGCCGCACCAACUACCACGACAAACGAACCAACCACGACUGCAGCUACAACAACCACGACAGCCGCACCAACAACAACGACUGCAGUUGCAACAACCACAACUGCACCUCCAACAACCACUACAGCGGCACCGACAACCACAACAGCCGCACCGACAACCACGACUGCAGCUACAACAACCACGACAGCCGCACCAACAACCAUGACUGCAGCUACAACAACCACGACUGCACCAACAACCACGACAGCCCGCAUCAACAAACACGACUGCAGCUACAACAACGACGACAGCGGCACCAAUGACCACGACAGCCGCAUCAACAACCACGACUGCAGCUUCGACGACCACGACAUCCGCAUCAACAACCACGACUGCAGCUCCAACAACCACGACAGCGGCACCAACAACCACAACAGCUCCAAUAACAACCACGACAAUGGCACCAACAACCACGACAGCCGCACCAACUACCACGACAACCUCACCAACAACGACUGCAGCUCCAACAUCCACAACAGACGCUCCAACAACCACGACAGCCGCACCAACGACCACGACAGCCGCAUCAACAACCACGACUGCAGCUACAACGACCACGACAGCCGCAACAACAACCACGACUGCAGCUCCAACACCCACGACAGCGGCGCCAACGACCACGACAUCCACACCAACUACUACGACAACCGCACGAACAACGACUGCAGCUCCAACAACAACAACGGCAGCUCCAACCACCACCACAGCCGCGCCAACAACAACCACAGCAGUUCCAACAAUCACAACUGCACCUCCAACAACCACGACAGCCACAACAACAACCACGACAACUCCAACAACAACCACGACAGCCGCAACAACUACCACGACAGCCGCACCAACAACCACGACAGCCGCACCAACUACCACGACAAACGAACCAACAACGACUGCAGCUCCAACAACCACGACAGCCGCACCAACAACCAAGACUGCAGCUCCAACAACCACGACAGCCCGGCACCAACAACCACAACAGCUCCAAUAACAACCACCACAAUCUCCAACAACUACCACGACAACCACUCCAACAACGACUGUAGCUCCAACAACCACAACAGCCUCACCAACAACAACAACCGCAGCUCCAACAACCACCACAGCCGCGCCAACAUCCACGACUGCAGCUCCUACAACCACAACUUCACCUCCAACAACCACGACUGCAGCUCCAACAACAACAACAGCCACUCAGACAACCACAACAGCAGCACCAACAACCACGACGGCUGCACCAACAACCACGACCGCACCUCCAACAUCCACAACCUCAGUUCCAACAACCACAACUGCAGCUCCAACAACCACGACUGCAGUACCAACAACCACAACUGCAGCUCCAGUGACCGCAGCUCCAACAUCAACGACUGCAACUCCAACAACCACAACUGCAGCUCCAACGACCACAACAGCCGCACCAACAACAACAACCGCAGCUCCAACACCAACAACCGCAACUCCAACAACCACGACUAUAGCGUCAACAACAACGACCGGACCUCCAACAUCCACGACUGCAGCUCCAACAGCCACAACUGCAUCUCCAUUAACCACAACUGCAGCUCCAACAACCACCACUUCCCCUCAUACCACCACCACCACCACGGCUCCUCCGACAAUAACCACCACUUCAACACCAACCACAAGCACGGCUCCUCCGACAACAACCACUACUGCCCAACAAACCACCUCCACCACCACUCCUCCAACAAUAACCACCACUGCCCCAUCAACCACCAUCACAACAACAACAACGGCAGUGGCGGUAGUUCGUGCACCAGUUGUUGUUCUUGCAGCAGUUUUGGUUACACCCUUUGUGCCUCAACUCGAAGAUAG